AUGGGAGAGAUUGGGUCUGACAGGUCGGCAAUUAAAAGGAUAAAGAAGGAGUAUGCGCUGCUUGAAGGAGAGAAGAACGAGAAGGACAGGAAGGAUUCCACUUUGAGGUAUAUUAAGAUUGUUCCAUUCAUAUCUGGGGAUUUGUUUACGUGGGAGGCGUACUUGACUGCACCGGAAGACAGUGUGUACAAAGGUGGAGUUUUUAAGCUGCUCAUAUCGUUUUCAAGCGAGUAUCCUUUCAAACCACCGAAGAUAACGUUUCAGACACCCAUAUAUCACCCGAACAUUAACUCAUCGGGUAUGAUUUGUAUAGACAUUCUUGGGAAGGAAUGGUCGCCUGCGCUUACGUUGAAUAGCGUUCUUUUGUCUCUUCUUACGCUUCUUGAUGAUCCUAAUGCAGACGAUCCUUUGAGACCUGAAGUUGCAGAUAUAUACAAGACAAACAAGGAGGAAUAUAGACUAAGAUGCCAGGAGUCUGCUCGGAAGACUGUGGAGAACAAGAAAUAA